UUCGAAUUUCCAGCCCUGGGACUACAACAACUGUAUUGACAUUUUAGCAUUACAUAAAUUGUCAAAACUGGUGCAAAUUGUUGAAUUUAAACUAAACAAUUCGUACUAAUGGCGGCCUUAAUCAGGAAUCUGGGUGCCCGGGCCGCUGUCGCUGCCCUUGCGUCCAAACAUGUGGUGCCAGCUGUUGGAGGAGCUGCUCUCCGGAUGUCCACCUGCCCACCGACAAAAGCCGACAAGCCUACCAUCCGUAAGCCGGAUGCCGUCGCCAGGACACAUCUUUCGGACUUCGGUCGAUAUGUGGCCGAGUGCCUGCCCAAAUAUGUGCAGAAGGUCCAGUUGACCUCUGGAGACGAGCUGGAGGUCCUUAUCGCCCCCGAAGGAGUGGUGCCCGUGCUGCAGUUCCUCAAGGAUCACCACCAGGCGCAGUUUACCAACCUAGUAGACAUUGCUGGCGUGGAUGUGCCCUGCAGGAAGCACCGUUUCGAGGUUGUGUACAACCUCCUGUCCCUGCGCUACAACUCGCGCAUCCGGGUGAAGACCUACACCGACGAACUGACCCCAUUGGAUUCUGCCUGCGAGGUCCACAAGGCGGCCAACUGGUACGAGCGUGAGAUAUGGGACAUGUACGGCGUGUUCUUCGCCAACCACCCAGACUUGCGUCGCAUUCUGACCGAUUAUGGGUUUGAGGGACAUCCACAGCGUCGGGACUUCCCCCUUUCAGGCUACGUGGAGCUCCGCUACGACGACGAGAAGAAACGUGUGGUCUGCGAGCCUCUGGAGUUGGCCCAGGAGUUCAGGAAGUUUGACCUGUCGGCUCCCUGGGAGCAGUUCCCCAACUUCCGCAACGCCAAUCCUCCUGCCGAGGUGAUCCCCCCCCAGCCUGAAAAGAAGUAAUCCCCUAGGUCGGCGUGUUAAAUGGUAAUUAGAUCAAUAAACGAGAUCAUCAAACGA